UCGCUGAAGGAGUUCUGCAAAAACAUUUACCGAAGAGUUUUCAGGUAAACAGCUGCAAUUAACCUUGGACUUGUGGCAACACAAGUGCUUCUAUGUGUGAUGGCUUUUGUGUGUUUGUUUCUAGGUUUAUGGUUUUCUUCACGCUAUGAAUAGGAACAAACCAACUACACUGGAGGUAGCUGUGGAUACAUGGCCUGAUUUUAAAGUGAUAAUUUGCCGACCUGACCCUAAGAGCAAACAUAGUUCAGAGAUGACGAAAGAGGUGACAUACUUCAGGCUAGACGACCAAAUUUUAUGGAAGAUACUAACAGAGGAGAACGCAAUUGAUUGGAGCACGUAUUUCUUAAUUGGUGGGUUUGAUUCUUCCCAUGCGGCCAUGCUUAAAGAAGUGUCCUCUCUCAAAGAGGUCAAGAACAAAUGUUUGUGUUUGGUCCAUCUUCUCUACUUGCCAGACUGUGAUAGUCUGAUCACACCAGUCAUUGACAGUGAGCUUGAAUCAAGGAUUUCGUCUCUGAACCUUUCCCAUGUUGACUUGGUGAAUAAAACCUGGAAGUUUGGAGGGAAUGAGCAAGGACAUGCAACUAUUACAAACCUCAUCACCAACUUUCCUACAUGUUGCAUCAACGAUGACCAGGAUCAGCCCGUGUCAUGGAUUCUGCUAUAUGAUUACUGUGCCUUGGGUAUGUUGUACACUGUGCCCGAGCACAGAGGCAAAGGUUAUGCCAAAAUCAUGAUCUGCACCAUGGCCAGGAGAGUCCAUGCUCAGGGAUAUCCUGUCUACUGCUUUGUAGUGGACGACAAUGAGGUCUCCUACAGGCUCUUUAAAAGCAUGGGCUUCAUUGAUGAUCCUUCAUACAGGUCUAUGCGGUUAUAGUUCAAUGUUUGACCUUGAUUGGUUUCUCUGUGUUGUAUCGAGAUUUGGAUGAAGAGCUGACUAAUUAGCCUGUGUUAAUGCAGUUGUAAAAUCAAUGUCUUAUAUAUCAUUGUCUAAACUUUCAUGGUAGACACCUUAGUUCAGGACCUCAUGAUUCCAUUAGGUCUUCCCAGGUGUCUCCCAAUCUCAAAUUACUACAAAAUAUCUACAGGUUUGACAUUUUCACCAUAUACAGAUACAGUUUUGAUUGCCGAGUCCUGACAUUCAGUGAAAGACUGGAUCUUCUUGACAAAAGGACAAUCACAAAACUUAAAACAUUUUGGCCAUGUCGCACAAUCCUCUGUGCACAAUGCUUUAAUUCUGAGAACCUCAGCAAUUGAGGUAUUUCUUUCUAAGAAAUCAUAUGAGCAUGUGAAUAAUUUUAUUAUAGUAAGUUAGGACCAACAACAACAUUAGAAUUUGAAAACAUAUCCAAAUAGGUUUUUUUUAAGAAAUAGUUUUAUCACUGCUCAAAAAGUAAUUUAUCAAUCAAUAAAUGUGUUUCUGAAAUCAAAACCUAGCCAUUACUAACAGGAGUGCUUUAACCUGGAUAGGUUAAAGGUGUGCUGGGGCCCCAGCACAACAGCACAACAGACCUGUAACUCAGAGUUCUUCAAAGGAGCCCUUGCUUGUUUAUCGGUUAAGUUUCAGUCACUGUGAAUUACAUGACGUUAUAAUUGCUUCACGUCAGAAUCUGAAAUUUCCCAGGCCAGAAGAAUCCACCUUUAUGGCCUCACAUCACAGCCAGAACCUCUCCAGACAGUGCAAGAGGAUCUCUUCCAUGAUAAGACCUGGCCAGAAACUUUGAGUCUUGACAACCAGCUAUUAUCUUUAGGUCUAAGUGAAGGAAAAGACAUUUGCUUAAAAUCAAAUUUGAAAAAUGCAUCAGUAUUCGUUUAUUCAUAUAUAAAACUUCUGAUGU